GCUCAGACCAUGUACCAUGGCACCAGUGUGCAUUACAAUGCGCAUGCGGUGCACGGACGAACGCCUCGCUCUUGUCUUCGAACCACCACGACCAGAUGAUAGACCACCUCUUGGGUAGGCCGAGUCCAUCGUGGAAGAGAGUUCAGGUCUUUCUUGUCAUUAUCUUCUGGGUAUGGAGAGUUCUUCAAGGUAACCCGGGCGGACCACGCCUGUUGUGGCUCAGACGUGCCAACAGAGCACUUGAACGUUUCACCCCAUGGCAAUUGGUCGUGAGCACCCUGACCGGGGUCUACGCUGUGCGGAAUCUUGACAAGAUUCUUGGAUUCCAAGCUCCAGAACCUCUCGCAGAUCUGUAUUCGCGAUCGUAUUAUCGCGCCACAUGGAUAUCCACAGCACUCGAUGCUGGCUUCGCAACGGCGAUGUCAAUACGUCCCAAAUUUCUGAAGGACCUGUGUUCUGCUGUAUUUGCCAUGUAUUACCUAGUUUAUGCUAAUGAAGCCGAUGAGAAGCUGCGCAAAUAUCGUGCGGUGCCUACCGUUGAGAUGCUUCGGACGACUGGGAGAAGACCACCAAUCCCUACGUCGCUGCGUUUCUUCACGUAUUUCCCGAAGAUGACCAUCCGACGGAAAAUCGUCCUGCCUAGGCCGCAUGACUCCACGUGCACCAGGCCGAUCACUGCGUGGUUGUUCUUCGCCCCGCCAGUGCAUCAACUGGCGCGUGCGACCGACCUUAUCCUCGACUACCCCGGAGGUGGUUUCAUUUCGAUGACACCCGAGCACCACGAGGAGCGCCUCCGCAUGUGGGCGUUCGGACAGGAAAGCCGGUUUUGUCGAUCGACUAUGGCAAGGCACCAGAGUGUAAGACACCGUUCACUGCGGGGCAAAUGUCAGCUCACAGCGUUGACAGAUCCAUAUCCAUUUGCCAUUGAUGAGUGCUUUGAUGUCUACCGAAUGCUGAUCGAAUCCGGUGGCAAAGUCAUCGGAAUGGCUGGCCACAAACUGAACAUUAUAAUCUCUGGAGACUCCGCGGGCGCCCACGUUGCUGCCAAUGUAAUGGUCAAGAUCCUGGAGUCGCAGCUGGCAUUGCCGCUCCCAAAGGCGCUCGUGUUCGCCUACCCCGCACUGGACUUCAAUUUCACGUCCUGGAUGGCUCCUGACAACCUGCGUGUGCUGCAGUCCGAGCAGUCAUCUGGCCACAUCCCCGAUCUCGCCGCGCAAAAAGACCAUCUCAGACACAUCAGCCCUCUGUCAAUGGUCGGCGACAGAAAGGGCAUUCGCCGACGCCGCAGCUGGCGAGAGGCGCUGCGAAAGCUCGCGUCGCCGACGGACGAGCGGUCCAGUCUGACGCUUCGGCAUUCCACGACAUCUUCUACAUCGUUGAAGGGCCGGGGGCAUGCCGAAGAGCGCGGUAUUGAUGCUGAGGCCGGCGAGAUGGCGGAUGUUGAGGACAGCGCGGAUGUGAGCAGCACCAGGGAGGAAGACAUGCCCCUGCAGGCCAGAGUGCGCUUUCACCCGCGAGUCGAAGAACGAGUCCUGGAGCAACAGCAGCGCGAGGCGGAUGCCACGAUUCCCGAACAAGGAGAACCGUCAGAACACGUCCAGUUGGGAACGAGGCUCACCAUGACAAGCCGUACUGGCUAUUUCUCCGAUCGGAUCAUUUCCCCCAGCAUGAUGCGCGCAAUGGCCAUUCUGUACAUCGGGCCUCACCGCAAUCCCGACUUCGCGACCGACUAUCAUUUGUCCCCCAUCAAAGCGCCCAGUCACCUGCUGACGCAAUUCCCGCCCAUCCUCAUGGCGUGCGGGGAGAAAGACCCGUUCGUCGACGACACGCUCAUCUUCGCAGGGCGGGUGCGGGAAGCCAAGCGUGCACGCAGAAGGGAUCUAGAUGCCGCGCUAUCAGGGAAGGGCGCCAAGUCUAUCGAGUCGUUCAUCCUCUCGAAGGACCAUCUGAGCCAGGAGGAGGCGCUGCGGGCGCUGCGGCGUGAGCGAGACAUGCUCGCCGCGCAGGGAGACGAAGACUGGGUCACCAUGCAGAUCUAUUCGGAGUGGAGCCACGGGUUUCUCCAGAUGCCCAUGCUCUUGCCGGAGGCGCGCACUGUCAUUGACAGCAUGGCUGACUGGAUGGACGAGGCGUUCACGAAUGCUGGCAGCAGGUCGGGCGCCGCGGCCAGACGCAAUAAUGGAGCCACUGCGUCGAGGGUGGGCGUCAAACGCCCCUCGCCGUCGAGACGUCCGGUGCUCCCACCGAUAGGAGACGGACUGAACAGACGACGCCUUGACGAUUUGCCUAAGAAGAGGACAUCGCCACCCGCAUCUUUUGUCGAGACUGAUUCGGAGAAGAACAAGACCUCACCGCGGAAGAAUCUGGAACAGGCCGCGUCGGGGAAGGACAGGGACACCCGAGUGCAGACCUCGUCAUACAGUCGCACCGACGACGCAGACGCCGUUACCGCAGAGGGCGCCCUUGCCGCCACGCCGCGGUUUGACCUCUUACACGACCUUCUGGGACAGACGGUCCCUGUCGGUCAAGCAAAGGCACGCCGGGACUCUUCACCGUCCAGCAAGGCAUCAACACCGGGCAAGGCCGGUCAGAUAAUUCAGAGUCAGAGCUGAUGAGGAGGCGUCGACUGCUCGAUUCGCACCUGAUUUCUACGGACACCCUGAAGUAGACUUUGCUACUGUAACACAGCUGUAUUGUUACUGUAUGUUUGUUCUUGCAAUUGGAUUAUGUGCGGUUUGACGAGUGUGGUCCCGAUUCCGCAUCGGCUGACCACACUCUAAUACCUCAGCCACCCGCUGUAUUCUGGCUCGCCCUCGACACUGCCGGUUACGGUGCAAUCCUGAUGGGAACAGCGAGCCGACACACUCCACCCAAGUGUGCAUUGUUGACGUGAGCGGUCGCGCCCGAGACUGAAGUCAUCACUGCCGAAUUAAUUGGCAGAGUAGGCGAGGUGUCGCGAACCGGGUGACCGUAACAGACGGUCUUGUUCGACCUGAAUAAUAUCCGAGCUCAGCUGGCCCUGAAGACCUGGUCUUUCGACCAGAACAAAAUACACACGUACGUCACGCGCAGCCUCUGUGUG